AUGUGUUUCUUUUUCAAAGGAGGUGAUAUUGUAUCUGACGAUGGAACAGGUUCUAUAAGUAUAUACGGUAAAACAUUUCGGGACGAAAACUUAGAAACCCAACACACAGAUGCUGGAUUUGUGUCAAUGGCGAAUAAAGGUAAGGAUACAAAUGGUUGUCAAUUCAUAAUAACGACGAAACCAACACCUUGGCUUGAUAACUUACACACUGUUAUUGGAAAAGUGGUAGAAGGUCAAAAGAUUGUCCACAUGUUAGAGCAGACUCCAACCGAUGCUGACGAUAGGCCGAUAGUGCGUGUGUACAUUGCGGACUGCGGUCUGCUGUCCACUAAACCUUUUUACGUGUCUGAUGACCCUUAUGAUCUUUGGGGUUGGAUCAAGGUGUCAGCCGCUCCGCUGUCAAUGUCAUUCUCCAUAUUGGCUUUCUUUCAUUGGAUGAUAAAAAAGAUGGAGAUUUAA